AUGAUCAACAGGGGAGUGUACAUUUCUCCAUUAAUCAUGCAUUGUUUAUCGUUGUCAAGAGUUGCCUUGGUGGCAAGGGUCACCCCCCCUGUGGGAAGGCCAGGCAGCCUAUGCUUCUCGCGAGGCUUAGCUACAGCUGCGAAAGUGCCAAACUCGAAAAAGCUUCCUCUAGCAGGAUUCAGAGUGUUAGAUAUGAGUCGGGUACUGGCUGGACCAUACUGCACGCAGAUUCUUGGCGAUUUAGGAGCUGAAAUCAUUAAGAUUGAACACCCCGUUCGAGGCGAUGAUACUCGUGCGUGGGGUCCACCUUUUGCUUCAUACACAGACGGCCGCACCGGUAACGGCGAAAGUGCAUACUACCUUUCGGUCAACCGCAACAAGAAAUCCCUCGGUCUAUCAUUCGCACACCCCGAAGGCGUCGAAAUUAUCCAACAACUCGCCCGCGAUUGCGACGUCCUAGUCGAAAACUACCUCCCCGGUUCUCUAAAGAAAUACAACCUCGACUACGCAUCCAUCAGCAAAAUAAACCCCCGUCUGAUCUAUACAAGUAUCACGGGAUACGGUCAAACGGGACCCUACAGCAACCGGCCAGGCUUCGAUGUCAUGGUCGAAGCUGAAUUCGGUCUCAUGCAUUUGACGGGUACCCGCGAUGGUCCACCAGUUAAAGUCGGUGUCGCGGUGACAGAUCUGACAACAGGGCUGUACGCUUGUAAUUCGAUUAUGGCGGCUUUGUUGGCGCGGGCGAAUACGGGCGAGGGACAGCAUCUUGACGUUUGUUUGAGUGAUUGCCAGGUUGCGACGCUGGCUAAUAUGGGCGAGUCGGUGUUGAUUAGUGGGAAGAAGGACUCUGGGAGAUGGGGAACUGCUCACCGUAAGCCGUCCACUCUUGUCACUCUUGAAAGGGUUGAGAAACUAAUAUUCUCGGUGCUUGUAGCAUCCGUCGUGCCGUAUCAGGGAUUCAAAACGGCUGAUGGCGAUAUCUUCGUUGGUGGUGCGAAUGACCGCCUCUUCGGCAUUCUCUGUGAGAAAAUCGGCAAACCCGAGUGGAAAACUGAUGCCCGAUUCGUGACCAACAAUGACCGCGUGACAAACCGUGCUGAAUUGGAACCCUUGAUCGAAGCCGAGCUUUCGAAGCGAACUACGCGGCGAUGGCAGGAAAUAUUUGAGGGGAGUGGUCUGCCAUAUGCGGCUGUGAACGACAUUCAAGGGACGAUGAAUCACGAGCACGUGCAAGCUCGUGGGAUGGUUCAGACAAUCGACCAUCCGGCUUGUGGGUCGAUCAAGGUGAUUAGCCCGCCAGUCAAGUAUUCAAAUGCAGAACCGAGUAUUCGUAGUCCGCCUCCAUUGUUGGGUGAACAUACGGAUGAGCUACUUCGGGAUGUUGUCGGUUUGAGUGGAGAGCGUAUUGAGAAGCUUAAGAGGAAGGGAGUUGUUGCAUGA